AAAUUAUAUACAAUUACAAUUUCAAAUAUCACUCUUUCCUGGAGACAGCAGACCUGCAUUAUUAAUACACUUCUUAAAUUCAUACAAAGAAAUCUCUCCAUCAGUGAUACUAUCAUUGCUGCAGCUGACUUCCAGCACAUCAGAGUAUUCACUGAAAAACAUAUCCCUACAUUGUUUAAUUUCUUCACUUAAAUUAUCCUGAUUAUGAAUCUCAGCAAAUGACCCAGCCAGUAACACAACCUUCCCUGUUUCAGUAACAAUCAUUUUGCCCUCAAUAAUCAACACUGGAAUAUUAUGAUCCCCACAAAUCCCCCCAUUUUCUAAAUCAUAUCCCAAACAAUUCCAAGUUUGAUAUCCCUUCCAAUAUUAUCUCCAUAUAACCUCCAGUAAAUCACCUACUUCCUCACCACGGCCUUUGCCCUUUUAUUGUUGAUAAUGUCGCUCGGAGACUGAUGCACCAUCACAUAAAAACUCACAUUUCUCCCAAUUUGCUUCCUGUCCCGUUAUAAAUCCAAAUCCAAACUCAUAAAGACUGGAAGGCUGACUGACGUUCACAUAAACUAAUCACCCUCUGAGUUCCCACUUGAGCGACAGGCACUGCAGCCAAUGACAGCAGGGGUUAGUAUUAAGUUUGAGCUGCGAUAGGCUGAAGGAAAUCGGCCCAUGACCAGCCCCUCCUCUUCCGCUCCAUCGCCAUGCCGGAGAUCAGCGAGUCGCUUCUGUCGGUGUCGCCGGCCUCGGCGCCCACAAGGACGGGUGUGAUUCUCCUUCGCGCCUCGGUGGGUCUGUUUCGGUGACGUCGGUGGUGGCUGACGAAACAUGCUUUGACAGGGAGCGAGCGAGGACAAUGACCACAACUCCCACUGAUGACGUUGUGGUGGUGUUUUGGGGUAAGGUAUCAAAGCAAAAUGGAGGAAAAUGUAAUGCAUUACGUUUUCUGUACUGCGUCGUGCCUUCAAUAAACAAUUAAACUAAAAGAGAGAUUCCAGCGAGAAAUAGAUAGAAAACAGAAUAAUACAGCACAGUACAGGCCCUUCGGCCCACAAUGUUGUGCCGACCCUUAAACUCUGCCUCCCUAAUCUUAAAUUCCUCCAUAUAUCUGUCUAGUAGUCUCUUAAACUUCACCAGUGUAUCUGCCUCCACCAGUGACUCGGGCAGUGCAUUCCACGCACCAACCACUCUCUGAGUAUAAAAUCAUGCUCUCAUAUCCUCCUUGAAUUUCCUCCCCUUACCUGAAAGCCAUGUCCUCUUGUAUUGAGCAGUGGUGCCCUGGGGAAGAGGCGCUGGCUGUCCACUCUAUCUAUUCCCCUUAAUAUCAACUAUACCUCUAUCAUUUCUCCUCUCAUCCUCCUUCUCUCCAGAGAGUAAAGCCCUAGCUCCCUUAAUCUCUGAUCAUAAUCCAUACUCUCUAAACCAAGCAGCAUUCUGGUAAGUCUCCUCUGUACCCUUUCCAGUGCUUCCACAUCCUUCUUAUAGUGAGGUGACCAGAACUGGACAGAGUACUCCCUGUGGCCCAACCAGAGUUUUAUAGAGCUGCAUCAUUACAUCGCAACUCGUAAACUCUAUCCCUCGAGUUAUGAAAGCUAACAACGCAUAAGAUUUCUUAACUACUCUGUCUACCUGUGAGGCAACUUUCAGGGAUCUGUGUACAUGUAGCCCCAGAUCCCUCUGCUCCGCUGCACUGCGAAGUAUCCUGCCAUUUACUUUGUACUCUGCCUUGGAGUUUGUCCUUCCCAAGUGUACCACCUCACACUUCUCUGGGUCGAGCUCCAUCUGCCAAUUCUCAGCCCACUCCUGCAUCCUAUCAAUGUCUCUCAGCAAUCUUUGACAAUCCUCUUCAUUAUCCACAACACCACCAAUCUUUGUGUCUUCUGCAAACUUGCCAAUCCAUUCUUCUACCCCCACAACCAGGUCGUUAAUAAAAAUCACAAAAAGUAGGGGUCCCAGAACUGACCCUUGUGGGAUACCACUAGUCACAACCCUCCAAUCCAAAUGUACUCCCUCCACCAGAACUCUCUGCUUUCUGCAGGCAAGCCAAUUCUGAAUCCACCUGGUCAAACAUCCCUGGUUCCCAUUCCUCCUGACUUUAUGAAUAAGCCUACCGUGUGUAACUUAAUCAAAUGCAUUACUAAAAUCCAUGUAGAUCACAUCCACUGCACUACCCUCAUCUAUAUGCCUGGUCACCUCUUAAAAGAACUCCAUCAGGCUUUUUAGACACGAUCUGUCCUUCAGAAAGCCAUGCUGACUGUCACUGAUCAGACCAUGAUUCUUUAAAUGCCAAUAAAUCCUAUCUUUCUGAAUCUUUUCCAACAGCUUUCCCACCACAGAUGUAAGGCUCAAUGGUCUAUAAUUAUCGGGACUAUCCCUACUACCCUUUUUGAACAAGGGGACAACAUUCGCCUCCCUCCAAUACUCCGGUACAAUUUCCGUGGACAAUGAGGACAUAAUGAUCUUCGCCAGAGGCUCAGCAAUCUAUUUCCUUGCCUUGGAUGCAGAACUGGGAAGCGCAGAUGGAGUUCAACACAGAUAAAGAGGUUCAUUUCUGCAGGUCAAAUUUGAACAAAGAAUAUAAUAUUAAUGGCAGCCAUUUUGUGAAGUGUUUGAAAUCAGAGUUCCAGAGCAUGCGCAGUUUGCGGACACAGAUGCGAAGGGACCGAAACAAGGCAAGUGCUGCCUCGACAUGUCAUUCCGAGAGAUCACCUGUGGCACAGACGGAUUACUGGGCAGAUACAAUGUCCUCAAUUGUCCAUAGGUACCUGAGUGUGCAGAAAAUACUGUUCGUGUUGAUUGCCGUCAUUGGAGUUCCUGUGAAUUUAUUGGCGAUUGUGAUCCUGUCCCGGGGAAAGUGCGGCCUCUCCACCUGCACCACUCGCUACCUGGUGGCCAUGGCAGCGGCCGAUCUACUGUCCGUUUUUACCGAGAUCAUUUUUUUAAAAUCAGUUGGUAUUACCCUUCCGGUGGAGUUUUCUGGACAUCACCCCUGUGUGCAGAGUUAUCGCGUAUUGAGGUUCACAGCCACACAAUGUUCUGUCUGGUUCACCGUCACUUUCACUGUUGAUCGUUUUGUCGCCAUUUGCUGCCAGAAGCUGAAAACGAAAUAUUGCACCGGGAAAACUGCGGCUGUGGUUCUGACAACAACCGGCGUACUGACCUGUCUAAGAAACGUUCCCCGAUACUUCACACGGGAACCCAAGGUGAUCAUCGACAAUGCUGUAUGAUCAAGGACAAUGUUUUCACUGACCCCGGGUGGGUAGUAUAUGAUUGGCUCGAUACGGUUUUAACUCCGUUCCUCCCUUUCGUUAUGAUCCUGCUGCUCAACGCUCUGACAGUCAGACACAUUUUAGUGGGCAGUCGGGUCCGUAAGGGGCUGAAGGGUCAGAGCAAGGGGGAGAACCGCAGUGACCCGGAGAUGGAGAACAGGAGGAGGUCUGUGGUUUUACUCUUCACCCUCUCCGGCAGCUUCAUCCUCCUGUGGAUGACUCUGGUUGUAAAUUUCAUGUAUUAUUAUGUCUCAGGAAAAGGAUACAAUUUCAAUGACUCUGAAUGGAUCUUUACCUACGCCGGUGUUUUGCUGAGGAAUUUCAGCUGCUGCACGAACACAUUUAUUUACGCGGUAACUCAGUCAAAAUUUAGGGCACAGGUGAUCAGCGCGUUGAAAUAUCCGGUCACCUCGGUGCUUCAGUUCCUCAAUAAAGCGGCGUCCUGAUUACAAGCCGGAGGCGGCCGCAGUGUUUCCAGUCCGCGUCCAGCCCCUCACGUUCACCACCUGAUUUCCCAGAUGUUAUUCCCAGGCCGAUUAUCCCAUCGUCCGGCAGCUAUGGGAUAUCAGCAUAGUUUGUGUAUGGGGUGGGGCAAAGCACCCUCCGGGAGGGUCAGUAUCUCAUUGGAUCGGGAAGAUGUCAAUCGAAGAACUGCUCCGGAAGGUACAAACCCAUUGGUCAGUGGAUAUUUGGAUCUAUUUCCAUUCCCUUGGACCAUCCUCGCAGUCCGACGUUCCACCAUGUCGGCUGCGUAUAGUACGAUGCUAUAGGCUAUUCCAAUAUUAUCACAGCAGUCUCCGCAGUCCCUUGAACGAUUGGCUAACGUGAAGGAAUAGGGCGGGAUUUGGACAAACGACGGUCGACAUUCCCACUUCAAGGCGCUGAUGCCGCCACCAUCUGGACUGGAGUGUGGUGCGGAGAAUUGGGAAAUAAAACCCUGGCCGCUUCUAUUGUUUUUCCGUUCGAAACGUAAUUUACCCAGAGAUCGUACGGAAUGAAACACAAUAUUAUGAACUAAAUUAAAGUCACUCCCAUUACGUCAGAGAGCUUUUAAAUAAAGUCUAACAACCCCCGAGGA